AUGGAAUCUGCCUGCAUGGAGGACUACGAAAGCCUAGGUCUUAUAGGCCAGGGAGGCUUUGGUAAGGUUUAUAAGGUCAGGAGCCUCAAGACAAAUGAGAUCUUUGCUUGUAAGGAAAUCGACUAUGGCUGUCUCUCCGACAAGUACAAAGAGAUUCAAGAUAACGAGCUCAAGCUCCUAAUUUCUCUGAAACACCCUAACAUUGUUCAUUUUACAAACGUUUACAAAGAUCCCGUCAACGAAGUGUAUUACAUGUUGAUGGAAUUUUGCGACAAAGGAGACCUUUCGGAUCUCAUAAAGCACUAUAGACGGGCGAGAAAGGAUAUUCCAGAGUCCACUAUAUGGAUCUUUGCCUAUCAGCUCCUCAAUGCUCUUGAAUACUGUCAUAGCCCGUUCAAGGAGAACUGCCCGAAUAUGGGGCGAGUCGUACACAGAGACAUUAAACCAGAGAAUAUUCUUCGGGCGGGCGAGGUCACUGUCAAGUUCGCUGACUUUGGUAUAUGCAGAACAAUAGGAGAUGGAAUAAUGGCGACUACAAAUGUGGGAACAACAUGCUAUAUGGCUCCAGAACUUCUCAAGGGCCAGGAGUACAACGAGAAAAUAGACAUAUGGGCGCUGGGAUGUGCACUGUAUGAGCUGUGCACCAAGCAGAGGAUGUUUGUUGGAAAGGGAACAGACGUUGUUCUAAAACAGAUAGAUGAGCUCCCUCGCCCUUUGCACCUAGACAACUACUCCCAAGAGCUGUGUCUUUUCAUCGAUAUGAUGCUCACCGUAGAUUUUUCCAAGAGACCAGCGGCAAACGAACUACUCCGUUACCCGAAGAUUCAAGAAACUGGAGAACAAUAUAAUAGUGGAAAGGUAGACCUCCUUAAAACGCCAGCUCCAGUGGCGCCAAGUGUGCAGGAUGUCUUUGGUACCAAUGUCGAUGUCACAGGAAAAUCAAUACUUGCCCGAGACCGGCAUGCAGCCAUCCAUGCUGUAGAAAGCGUCGAAAUUAUGCCUUCAAGCGAUCUGUUGUCUACUCAGGGUCAAAACGAUUCAGUCGGUAUCGGAGCAGCACCAACUAAGAGUAUAGCAUCUGCAAUGCGAACUAAAGAAGAGCUUCUAAACCCUGUCAGAUCUCUACCAGUUAUUCAAGAUGUCCAGAUAUCCAUCUCAAGAGAUAAGUAUGGUAAUACACCUCUCAUGCUCGCUGCAGCAAGUGGUAACUUAGCUAGUGUGUUGCAGUACAUGGACUCCCAAGUAGGCCUGCAAAAUCAAGAUUGUAAGACGGCCCUGAUGAUGGCGGCUGAGAAUAAUCACCUGCAGAUAGUACGCUUUCUCUUGGAAGCAGAGGCUGGUAAGACAACCGAUGUUGGAGAUACCGCCUUGAUCAUCGCCGCAACACAGGGCCAUACGUCUAUUGUUGAGCUCCUUGUUGAAUACGAAGCAGGGUUAGCCACCAACGCGGGCUGGACAGCGCUUAUGAAAGCAGCUACUGGGGAUCACCAUCGUGUGGCAAGACUCCUUAAGCUAAGAGAGAUGAAGAAGCAAACGGGAAAUGGACUUACCGCCCUUAUGAUUGCAGCGGCUAUGAAUAGCGAAGGAGUUCUCCAAGAGCUUAUUGAAGAGGAAUAUGGAAUGCAAGACAGUGAAGGAAAGACGGCUCUGAUCUUUGCUACCAUCAAUGGCCACCUACAGCUUGUCAAGUGGCUUGCCCCUUAUGAAUAUUCCAUACGGGACAACAAGAAACAAUCGGCUUUAGACUAUGCACGAGCAAGUAAGGAUAUAGAUGUUCAAGAUUUUCUGACGAUGUAUGACGCUAUAGCUCUCCGAGGAUCUGUGAAGGGUCGGAGAAAAAAGCCGAACAUUUUCGGACAUAAAGUAGCAGCAACCAAGGACUAA